AUGGUUGAAGGUAAUGAAGUUGUUGAAGUUCAUGAAAGUGCAUAUGAAUAUGCUAUACAAGAACCAAAAGCAAUAAUUAAGACCAUUGCUCAGUUUGUUCUAAAAGGGCUACAUUACAAAGAGGAUCAUGAUCCUUCUGUUCUUGAAGUGAAUGAAGACACAUCCUCAGAAGAUAGUCAAGUUUCUUUUGAAACACCACUUGGAAGCCCUUCAGUGGACCAUGUCUCCCCUAAUGAAGCCUUCGCUCAAUGGAAUGAGUCAACUGAGUCAAUUGAAGAAAACGUAGAGUCACACUUAAAGGAUGCUAAAAAUUCUCCCAUUGAUUCAUCAGGAAGCUUUUCUCUAGUUGAUAUGUCGUAUAUGGAAGGCAUUGAAGAAAAUGAAAGUGCUGAGGUUGUGUCAUUUUUGAAGGAUGAUAAAGAGGUUUCUAUUAAAGGUGUUCUUAAAGAACAUUUUGAAAAGAAAGAUGGAGAUUCCUCACAUGAACAAGAAGCAAUGGUUAACACAAUUGAUAGUGUUGAAGUUGAUGAAAAAGAGGUGUCUAUGGAAGGUGGUCUUGAAGAACAAUUUGAAAAGAAAGAUGGCGAUUCCGCUCAUGAAGAAGAAGCAUUGGUUAACACAAUUGACAGUGCUAAAGUUGAUGAAAAAGAGGUGUCUAUGGAAGGUGGUCUUGAAGAACAAUUUGAAAAGAAAGAUGGCGAUUCCGCUCAUGAAGAAGAAGCAUUGGUUAACACAAUUGACAGUGCUAAAGUUGAUGAAAAAGAGGUGUCUAUGGAAGGUGGUCUUGAAGAACAAUUUGAAAAGAAAGAUGGAGAUUCCUUACAUGAAGAAGAAGCAUUGGUUAACACAAUUGAUAGUGUUGAAGUUGAUGAAAAAGAGGUGUCUAUGGAAGGUGGUCUUGAAGAACAAUUUGAAAAGAAAGAUAGAGAUUCCUCACGUGAAGAAGAAGCAUUGGUUAACACAAUUGAUAGUGCUGAAGUUGAUGAAAAAGAGGUGUCUAGUGUUCUUGAAGAACAAUUUGAAAUGAAAGUUGGAGAUUCCUCACAUGAACAAGAAGUAAUGGUUAACACAAUUGAUAGUGUUGAAGUUGUGUCAGUUUUGAAUGAUGAAAAAGAGGUGUCUAUGGAAGGUGAUCUUGAAGAACAAUUUGAAAAGAAAGUUAGAGAUUAUUCAUAUGAACAAGAGGAAAUGGUUAACACAAUUGAUAUGUCACUUCUGAAAGAGAAAGAGGCUGAAGAUCUGUCUACACCAAUUGAGUCAGUUACUGAAAUGAAUGUAGAGACAUCUAUAAAAGAUUCUCAAGAUUCUUUGAAAGAACCAUUGGGAAUCCCCUCUAUGGAUGAUGUGUCUCCUCUUGAAGGCGUAGUUCGGGGAAAUGAAUUUGGUGAAAUUGGUGAAAGUGAAGAGAUCUCUAAAGAAGGUGUUGUUCAAGAUCCUUUAGAAGAGCCAAUUGGAAAUUCUUCUCAAGAGCUAGAGGAAAUUGUAAAGACAGAUGAUCAGUUGGAUUUGAAGGAGAUAACUUUGAAAGAGACUCAAAUUCCUUCUGUACAAGAUGACUCAGUUAUCGAAGUCAUAAAAGAUGUUGAUUCUCUCAAGGAGCCACUAGGAAGCUCUUCAAUUAUGGAAGAGGAUGGUGAUAUGACCAUGAAAGGUGUUCUUCAAGAUCCUUUCAGGGAGCUAAUUGGAUCUUCUUUACAUGAUCAUUUAACUCUUGAGGGGUUACAUUUGAAAGAGGAGGCUGAAGAUCCUUCUGUAUUAGCUGACUCGGUUAUUAAAGUGAAUGUUGAUAAAUCCAUUGAAGAUGCUCAUGAUGUAUAUGAAACGCCACCAGGAAGCCCUUCUGUGGACCAUGUGUCUCCUGUUGAAGGCUUUGAAGCAAACAUAGAUCACUCUUCCAUGGAUGCAUUGGGAAGCUUUUCUAUGGCUGAUGUGUCUUCUAUGGAAAGAGUUGUUGAAGGAAAUGAAUCUACUGAAGUUGAUGAAAAGUCAUUGGUGUCCACGGAAGUUGUUCAUAAAGAACCUUUUAAAGAUCCAGUUGGACCUUCUACAGAUGAACUACAAACAAUGGUGAAGACAUUUGAUCAAUCAUUUCAAGAUCCAUCUCUACAAGGAAAUGUUCAAGAAAAAGAAUUUACUGAAGAAAGUGAAGAUGCAACAAUGGAUAAUCAUGUUGAAUCAAUUAAGAAGGAGAAUGAAGACUUAUCCUUAGAAAAUCUUCUUGAAGUACCUUUUCAAAAGCCAUUUGGAGAUUCUUCACAUGAACAAGAUGCAACAGUUAACAUAAUUGAUAGGUCACUUGUGAAAGAGAUACCAUUAAAAGACGCUGAAGAUCCAUCUGCAACAGUUGAAUCAGUUACUGAAAGCCCCUCUGUGGUUGAUGUGUUUCCUAUUGAAGGAAACGAAUUUAAUAAAGUUAGUGAAACUGCAUGUCAUGAUUCACCAACCAUGGUUAAUCAUGUGGUGUCAGUGGAAAGCUCUUCUCUGGUUGAUGGGUCUUCUGUUGAAGGUGUUGGUCAACGGAAUGGUCAACGGAAUGAGAUGCUUGGACUAGUAAGGUCAUUGUUGGAAGAGAUUCGUCGAAUAAGGGCAUUUUAUGAAGAGGGUCUGCGUCAAACUACCAAAAUAGAUCUCCAAAUGCUUGAAGUUUUGGAAAAGUUUGAUUCAACGAGAUAAUUUGAGUUAGUUCUCUUUUGUGCUAAAGUUUGUAUUUUACCUUCUUAGUGUCUUUCUUUAAGAUGUUGCAUGGGAUUCUAAUAUUGAUCAGUGUUAUGACUGAUUUAGUUUACUUUGGGAUUCUUCACAAUUGAAUAAAAACUCAUGACCCUUUAUUGAUUCGGUACUGCUUGGACC